CUAGGCGCUGCCCGAGUUGUCGCCGCCGCCAUGGACUCGCUGCGCGCUGCCGCCCGGCUGCAGAUGGUUUUGGGCCACCUCGGCCGCCCCUCGGCCACCGCCGUCGUAGCUCACCCCACUUCAGAGACAAUUUCCCCUGCCAUCUCCUGUCCUCAAAAAUUCCAGUACACUUUGGAUAAUAAUGUCCUAACCCUGGAACAGAGACAAUUUUAUGAAAAAAAUGGUUUUCUUGUCAUUAAAAAUCUGGUCUCUGAUGAUGACAUCCAACGCUUUCGGGAUGAGUUUGAAAAGAUCAGCAGAAGUGAGGUGAAACCAUUUGGAUUGAUGGUAAUGAAGGAUGUGUCCAUUUUGAAGUCAGAACAUUCUCUAAGUGAGAAAGUGGUUUCGAAGAUUCAAGGUUUCCAAGAAGAUGAGGAGCUGUUCAGAUACUGCAGGCUGCCCCAGAUUCUGAAAUACGUGGAGUGCUUCACUGGACCUGAUAUCAUGGCCAUGCACACAAUGCUGAUAAACAAACCUCCAGAUUCUGGCAAGAAGACAUCCCGGCAUCCUUUGCACCAGGAUCUGCACUACUUCCCCUUCCGGCCUCCCAAUCACAUCGUUUGUGCGUGGACUGCCAUGGAGCACAUUGACCGGAACAACGGUUGUCUGGUUGUGCUCCCCGGAACCCACAAGGGACACCUGCGGCCACAUAGUUACCCCCAGUGGGAGGGAGGCGUUAACAUACUGUUCCACGGCAUCCAGGACUACGAUCAGAACGACGCCCGAAAGUACCUUGUGAUGGAAAAGGGAGACACGGUUUUCUUUCAUCCUUUGCUCAUCCAUGGAUCUGGUCAGAACAAAACUCAAGGAUUCCGGAAAGCCAUUUCCUGCCAUUUCGCCAGCGCCAAUUGUCACUACAUUGAUGUGAAGGGCACCAGUCAAGAAUUCGUUGAGAAGGAACUGGUGCAGCUAAUAAAUAGACAGUAUGGAGUUAAUUAUGCUGAAUUGAAGGAUGUUUGGAAGUUUCGAGCCCGAGUUGUGAAAGGAGAAAGGAUUAACCUUUGAAAUAGCUUUCAACAUCAGUCUUUUAAAGGAAAUCAAAACCAAAAAAGAAAUCUAAGGAAAAUGUUUUCUUAUUCGGAUGAUGUAAUUUUUUCUAUCACUUGUUAACAAUAUCAAGAACCAUGUAUCAGAGACUUAAUUGUGAGGAGUAAAUUUUGCAGGGCAGUGCUGUUGCUUUAAUGGAGGUAAAAUAAUGAAAGUGAAAUGUGCAUGUUCUAAGAAAAACUAACCUGGUGUUCCAACUAAUAAAGGUGAUUGGUGUACAAUUUAAGAGA